AUGGAGGGCAUGGUGAAGAGCGACUCUUCGUCGCCGCAGGGACGAGAAGUCAAAGAGCAGAUCGCCCCUGCGGCGCCCAAGACGAGCCGUAAGAGGCUUCUGGUAAUUGUGCUGCUCUCAGCCGUCCUGUCUGUUGUCAUCGCGCUGGGCCUUGGUCUGGGCCUGGGAUUGGGACUGAAGCACCAUGGCAGCAGCUUUGCUCCCUCGAACGGGACAUCCUCUCCAGUGGCGUAUAAUCCGCCGCUGGGAAACGAACCAUGGAGGCGGAACCCCUCCGAAUAUACCCUGGACACAACGAUGUGGGAUCUCAACGCGCCACCCACCACGCGAGUGUACAACUUUACCAUAUCGGAGGUGGAAGGCUUCCCGGAUGGCGUGCUGCGGAAAUUGUACGUAAUCAACGGACAGUUCCCCGGCCCUCUCAUUCGAGUGAACCGCGGCGAUCGCGUCCUGGUCAACGUGACCAACAACCUGUCCGAGCCGACGACCCUCCACUGGCAUGGCCUGUACCAGAAUGGCACCAACUGGAUGGAUGGCACCACGGGCAUUACCCAGUGCCCCAUCCCCCCAGGCAGAAGCUUCCUGUACAACUUCACCGUGGAGAACCAGUAUGGCACGUUCUGGUAUCACUCCCACACGUCGACCCAAUACAUGGACGGCCUGUUCGGGCCUUUCAUCGUCCAUGCCCCCGAAGAAGCCCAGUUCCGCCAGAGCUACGAUCAUGACCAGGUGGUGCUCCUCCAGGACUAUUAUCACAACCUGAGCGCAUCCUAUCUGCCAGACUAUCUCGCCCCGGGCAACGAGAAUACCGAGCCCGUGCCAGACAAUGGGCUCGUCCAAGGCACCAACUUCUUCAACUGCUCUUCUCUUCCCAGCGAUAGCGGUUACACCUGCUACCAGAAUUCGUCGCGCGCUCUCUUCAACGUGCAGAAGAAUCAGCGGUACCGCCUCCGGCUUAUUAAUGCAGGCGGUUUCGCCAUGUUUAAGUUCUCCGUGGAUAACCACACCCUGUCAGUCAUCGAGGCGGACUCGACAAUGGUCGAACCGCUGCAGGUCCAUCAAGUGGACAUUGCUGUCGCAGAACGGUACUCGGUCAUCCUGACCGCCGACCAGAACCCCUCGAACUACUGGAUUCGUGCGACGCUCGAUACGUACUGCUUUGCGGGCCAAAAUCCGGUUCUUGAUGCAGGCGUCAAGGCCAUCUUAAGCUAUACGGACAGCGAAGCGCUCCCUACCGAUCAAAACUCGGUGCAAUGGUCAGCGGAUCCCAAUGUGCUGUGCGAGGAUCUCAACUCCACCCUUCUCGUGCCGGCUGUCCCGCAGCAGGCUCCGCCGGCCGACGUCCUUUAUUCCCUUCAGUUCUCCUUCCAGAUCGGCGCUUAUGCCUUGGAUAGGGCUUAUGUCAACGGAACUAGCUGGGUCGUCUCGGACAUUCCCACUCUCAAUGCCGUGGUUCCAGGGUUGCGGUCCGGCAACAGCACCUUCAACGCAACCGGAGUGGCACCGUCCUACGGUCUUUCCAACCAGUACAUCAUCAGCAUCCCUGAAUAUCAAGUGGUUGACAUCCUCCUCACCAACUUCGACGACUCCUCGCAUCCCUUCCAUCUACACGGGCAUACAUUCUGGGUCCUGGCGUCCUCGCCUAACCAGUACUUCGAUUGGGACUCAUACGGAUCGCUGAACACGACCAACCCACUUCGGAGGGAUACUAUUAUCGUAGACUCCUACGGGUGGGUCUUGCUACGGUUCACGUGUGCUGAUAACGCUGAUAAGAUCCAAGUCACGUGCCACAUUUCAACCUCGGCUGCCCGUGCCCGCGGGAAUCAGAUCCCGACUUGUUGUCGCUCUCCCAUCGUUUGUGAUCGACUUGUCCUUGGCCAUUUUGAUGUGGCUCAGUAUGAUCCCACGAUGACUUCCGCCAACUUCGCUGCCGCUCAGAAACGGGUCCUGGAGCGCCGUCGUCUCUUGGAGGCGGAAGCUCGCGCCCGGGUCGCGGAGCAGCAGCAGCAGCGUGCGUCACGCAUCGAUCUGGAACGACUGCCGUACCCGUUGAACAGGCUGUCCGGGUCAGGACUUCAGCUGUUGGAUAAGAUCAAGGGACGCGAGGGGACGAGACCGAGCUUCCGUGUCGGCCAGGUCGAUGCCGAAUUGCUCGAUGAGGAGUUGCUGGAUCUGCUCAAGGGACAAGUCGGCGAAGCGCUCAAAUAUUUCGGGCCUCAUAUUCGCGAGGAUUGGUCGAGCGAGAUCCAGCUUGCUCUGCGCGCCAUCCUUUUCAAGCUCUCCAUAUGGGACCACAACGCCUCCUACGGUGCAGCGCUGCAAGGCUUGCGAUACACAGACAGCCGAAGCAAAUCGCCUGUCCCUACCCCUCCGACGAAGUGGCAGAAGAUCCUGUACGGCCUCCUUACGGUUGGCGGUCGCUACGCGUGGGAAAAGUGGGAGAAUUGGUUGAUUGAUCGGGAGAGUGGUUACGAUGAGCCCUCUCAGGAUAUACGGCUUUUAUCCCGAAUAACGAAACUCGUUUCCGCGACGCACUCUAUCGCAGCUUUUAUCUCUUUCCUCGUCUUUCUCGUGAACGGUCGGUAUCGAACGUUGAUCGACCGCAUCCUCCGCAUUCGACUGGCCCCGCCUUCCAGUCAGGUCAGUCGCGAGGUGUCCUUUGAGUAUCUCAACCGCCAACUGGUCUGGCAUGCGUUCACCGAGUUCCUUCUUUUCCUUCUUCCCCUUGUCGGGAUCAGCCGAUGGCGGCGAUGGGUGACCCGAGCGUGGCGGAAAGCCGUUGCGGCGAUGAGAGCCAGCGAUGAGGAAGAUGGUGCUGGGGAAAAACGAGGCCAGCUGGCCUUCCUACCGGAGCGGACGUGCGCGAUCUGUUAUCAGGAGCAGAAUCCGACGUCUACGUCCGAGAGCGAUCUUCUCGGCGCGUCCGGCUCUGGAGGGAUCAUUGGCUCUGCGCAGACGGAUAUCACGAAUCCGUACGAGACGGUGCCGUGCGGGUGUAUAUACUGCUUCGUGUGCAUCACGCAGAAAUUGGAAGCGGAAGAGGGAGAAGGCUGGAUCUGCCUCCGCUGCGGUGAGCUCGUGAAGCAGUGCAAACCGUGGAACGGCGACGUACUGGAAGAAACCCGUCGCUCGUCCGGCAGUGGGAAGAAUGUCGGGUUCGCAGUGGCCGGGGAUGCGGAAGAGGCGGAGGCAGUGGCAGACAAGGAGGUUGGGGGGAGUAGUAGAUCGUUGCAGGAUAUGGAUGCGGAUGAAGCGCUUCAGGACUCCAGCACCUGGUCGACGGUUGAGAGAGAGUCGCCUGACGCAGGUACACCAGAGACUGAAACGGAGGAGUCUUAA